AUGGCAGAGAAGGUAUCCUCGGGUGGUGAGAACAGUACCCAGCAACAAUAUACAGCCCCAGAGGCGAAGAUUUGCACUCAACACCAUGAAAUUGCCAAACCGAAGAUCAAUGGAGGUUUACAGGCUUGGUUGGCUGUGAUAGCUUUAUUCUGUGUUUUUGUAAACUCCUGGGGAAUUCUUACAACCUACGGCGCUUUCCAGGAGUACUAUACAACUGUCUUAUUGUCUGAUCAGUCGCCUUCGGCGAUCUCCUGGGUGGGAAGUGUUCAAGCAACGCUGAUCCCUAUGGUUGGUAUAGUUUCCGGGCCAUUGGUUGACUCAGGAUAUCUGCGCCCGUUGAUGGUGAUCGGGAGCUUCUUGACUGUCUUUGGAUUGAUGAUGACCAGUCUUGCGACAGAGUAUUACCAGAUUCUUCUCGCACAAGGAUUUUGUAUCGGAUUGGGUGGUGGCAUCUCCUACAUCCCAGCUCUGGCAGUGGUUUCAACAAGCUUCACCACCAAACGUCCCAUCGCGAUCGGCUGUGCAUCAAUUGGAUCUAGUAUUGGCGCGGUCAUCUUCCCCGUGAUGUUCCGCCAACUGCAGCCCAAAAUCGGGUUCCCAUGGGCAGUGCGUUGCAUCGGCUUCGUAAGCCUGUUGAUGGCCAUCAUCGCCUGUUCAAUCCUCUGUUGCCGCCCAGUCCAUCAAUCUCGAGCACGCAGCCUGAUCGACUGGACCGCAUUCCGCGAGCCGCCAUUUAUGCUUUUCUCAGUAUCGCUUACUUGCGUGAUGCUGGCAUACUACGUCCCCAUCUUCUAUGUCGCCUCCUACGCCGAAACAGCCGUGCAAACAACGACCAGUCUGGCAUUCUACAUGGUCGCUAUUGUGAAUGGGUCCUCCGUCUUCGGGCGCAUUGUCCCCUACUUACUCGUUGCGUAUGUGAAGCCGAUCAUCAUUUUGACGUUCUGUGUUACGGCCUCGGCUAUUGCAAUGUUCACUUGGAUUGCUGUCACCAACAUUCCCGGGUUUAUUGUGUGGGCGUGCUACUGGGGUAUUUUGAGUGGUGUGCUUGUGACAGCUCCAACUUCUAUUGUUGCGCAUCCGGUCUUUUGUCCUAAUCCGAGGUAUAUGGGCACUCGGCUGGGUAUGAUGUGGGGGAUUUCUUCGUUAGGUGCACUGGCUGGGGCACCGAUUGCGGGAGCGUUGAUCAAUCUUGACACGGCUUAUUUUCUACGAGCUCAGGUCUUUGCGGGGUGUAUGAUGGUCGGGGCUAUGUUGUUACAGUGUUGGCCGGCCUUGAAGGUCAUGAAAUAUGAUCGAGAUAAUCCUCGUUGA